AUGCUUUUCCCUUUAAAAUCAAACCUCUCUGCCAAGAAGUUACUCAUUUUAUUCCUUAAUUACCGAGUCGCCACCGAGUCCAACCUCUCCGCCAAGACCGCCACCAUUGGAGUCUGGAUUGAUGCCAGAAGCAGGUUCGAGACUGAUCAGACCAACGGCACUGCUCAUUUUCUGGAGCAUAUGAUAUUCAAGGGCACUGAGAAGAGCACUGCCAGGGAAUUGAAGGAGGAGAUUGAGAAUAUGGGGGGACAUCUCAAUGCCUAUAUUUCCAGGGAACAGACUACUUAUUAUGCUAAGGUUAUGGAUAAUGAUGUGCCUAAAGCGUUAGAUAUAUUGGCCGAUAUUCUGCAGAACUCUAAGUUUGAUGAGAAUCGGAUUACUCGGGAGCGUGAUGUCAUUUUGAGGGAGAUGGAGGAGAAGUUACUCAUUUUAUUCCUUAAUUACCGAGUCGCCACCGAGUCCAACCUCUCCGCCAAGACCGCCAUCGUCGGAGUCUGGAUUGAUGCCAGAAGCAAGUUCGAGACUGAUCAGACCAACGACACUGCUCAUUUUCUGGAGCAUAUGAUAUUCAAGGACACUGAGAAGAGCACUGCCAGGGAAUUGAAGGAGGAGAUUGAGAAUAUGGGGGGACAUCUCAAUGCCUAUACUUCCAGGGAACAGAUUACUUAUUAUGCUAAGGUUAUGGAUAAUGAUGUGCCUAAAGCGUUAGAUAUAUUGGCCGAUAUUCUGCAGAACUCUAAGUUUGAUGAGAAUCGGAUUACUCGGGAGUGUGAUGUCAUUUUGAGGGAGAUGGAGGAGGUAGUAACAUUCAUUCUUUGA